AUGGUCCGCUCCUACCUCCGCCACGCACCCACCCAGGCCUUUGGCCUCAUCGCAUCCCCUACCUCCAACUCAAUCCUCGACUCCAACGCAAAGGUCGCAUUCGUACCCGCACUCGAAGACGUACUCGUGUGGGACGUCAAAAAGGGCCUCCUCCUCUCGACCUGGCACGAGGUCGGUCACCGCUCAAAAGUCACCGCACUCGCACGCAGCCCCUUCAACAAAGACACCUUUGCCGUCGGCUACGAGGACGGCAGCAUCCGCAUCUGGUCCGCACAGUCCGCCUCCACCACCAUCACGCUCAACGGCCACAAAAAGGCAGUCACCUCCCUCGCCUUCGACAGCCAGGGCCUCCGCCUCGCCAGCGCAAGCCUCGAUACCGAUGUCAUCUUGUGGGACGUCGUCGCAGAGACCGGCCUCUUCCGUCUCCGCGGCCACAGGGACGCAGUCACCGCCGUCGCCUUCAUCCACACGCCAGUGGCUGCUUCCGAAUCAGGCCCUUCGUCCUCUGCCAAUGCUACCGCCGCCGCCUCUUCCAGCAGCUCCUCCGCCCCCGGCUAUCUGCUCAGCUCGUCCAAGGAUGGCCUCGUCAAGCUCUGGGACCUCUCGCUUCAGCACUGCGUAGAGACUGUGGUGCCCGGACGAGGCGAGAUCUGGAGCCUCGCAGUGUCGCAGGAGGUGCCGCUCCUCUCCAGCGGCUCGAAACCGACAAGGGACGGCGAGAGCGCAGACGACGUGCACGACGGCGCAGCACUCGUUCUCACCGGCAGCUCCGAGGGUGAAAUGCGGGUGUGGGAGAUCUCGGCAGAGGCCCUCAUCAACGGCAUCAGCGGGCUCAGCAAGCCUGACGACGACGCCGCACUGGCCGGCUCUGCAGCGACGACGGCGACGACGUCCAAGUUCCUCAUCCCGCGGGGCUCGGUGCCGCUUUUGAGCAACCACCGCGUCUCGCAGAUCCAGUUCUGCGGCAACACGGCCCUCGCAGGCCAGGGCUACAUCGCCGUGUCGAGCACCGACAAGGCGGUCCAGAUCUUCCGCCUCCGAACAUCGGACGAAGUGGCCAAGAAGAUGGCACGUAGGCGCAAGAGGAUGAAGGAGAAGGCCGAAAAGAAGGCCAAGGGAAAGCAGGGCGAUGCCGCCGCCGGUGCUGGUGCCGGUGCCGAGGACGACGAGGGGUCCAUCGAAGUCACCUGGGCCGAUCGCAUCGAGGCGUACACCAACGUCCGGCCGACGGCGGGCAAGCUGCGCAGCUUCAGCACCGUCGUUCCGGAGUCGACGAGCUCCAACAAGAUCGGACUCAGCCUGCUUUGCGCUCUCUCGACCAACGCCAUCGAGGUCCACAACAUCCCGCCGCCGCCCAAGAGCAAGGCGGAAAAGGCCGAGCCCAUCGAGCCCGUGCUGGCAUCUGCCCUUGACCUGCCCGGCCACCGCGCCGACGUGCGUGCCAUCGCUCUCUCGUCGGAUGACUCGCUGCUGGCCACCGCGUGCGGUGCGGGUCAGCUCAAGAUCUGGAACGUCCAGACCGGGCGGUGCGUCCGGACGCUGCCCUGCUCGUACGCGCUCAGCGUCGCCUGGCUCCCGGGGGACCAGCACGUCCUCGUCGGCUGCAAGGACGGCACGCUCCGCAGCUUCGACGUCCGCGCCGGCAUCGCCAUCGAGACGAUCCAGGCGCACGAGGGCCCGCUGUGGAGCAUCGCCAUGCGGCCCGACGGCCUCGGGUGCGUCAGCGCCAGCGCCGACAAGGACGUCAAGUUCUGGGACUUUGAGAUGCGGGCCGAGGAGAGCAGCGACGACGAGUCCGACGACGACGACGACGACCACGACGACGACACGGAACCAAAGCAGAAGCCGGCCAAGGGCCCGCCGCAGCUGGCGCUGGUGCACGUCCGCACGCUCAAGAUGACCGACGACGUCCUGUGCGCGCGUUUCUCGCCCAACGGCAAGCUGCUGGCGCUCUCGCUCCUCGACAACACGGUCAAGGUGUUUUACUCGGACUCGCUCAAGUUCUUCCUCUCGCUCUACGGCCACAAGCUGCCGGUGCUGUCGCUCGACAUUUCGCAGGACAGCAAGCUGUGCGUCACCGUGUCGGCCGACAAGAAUGUCAAGAUCUGGGGCCUCGACUUUGGCGACUGCCACAAGUCGAUCUUUGCCCACGACGAGAGCAUCAUGGGCGUCUGCUUCGAGCACGGCCAGCAGGGCGGCGGGCUGUUUGGCGGCAGGCAGGGCGACUCGCACCACUUCUGGACCGUCGGCAAGGACGGCAUGCUCAAGCACUGGGACGGCGACCGCUUCGAGCUCAUCCAGCAGCUCGAGGGCCACCACGGCGAGGUGUGGGCGGUCACGCCCGGACAUCGGGGCCAGAUGGUCGUGACGGCGGGUGCGGACCGGUCGAUCCGGACGUGGGAAAAGACCGACGAGCCCCUGUUCCUCGAGGAGGAGCGCGAGCGCGAGCUGGAGCGGGCCUACGACUCUGCGGCGGCGGCCACCUCGCGCGACGAGGGUCGCGCCAUCGGCUCGCUGGCCGACGGUGCCGACCCCGACUCGGCAGUGCCGAGCGGUCCGGAGUCGACGGCCGUGUCCAAGUCGACGGCCGAGACGAUGGUGGCGGGCGAGCGGCUGAUCGAGGCGCUCGACAUCGCCGACGCUGACAUUGCGGCGCGCGAGCUGGCCAUCAAGAACAAUGUGCCCCCGCCGCCCUUCCACGCCCUCGUCGUGUCGGCGUUCGAGUCGGACGGCAAGCGCACCGUCGACGAGGAGGUGAGCGCGCAAAAGUACGUGCUCAAGACGGUCGAAAAGAUCCUGCCCGCGCAGCUCGAAGACGCGCUACUGGUGCUGCCGUUUGACAAGGUGCUCAGCCUGCUGCGCUUCCUCGACCAUUGGGCAAGAAAGGAGUGGAACACGACGCUCGUCUCGCGCAUCCUCUUCUUCCUGCUGCGCACUCACCACGCCCAGAUCGUAUCUAACAGGGUCAUGCGGCCGACGCUCGUCUCGCUGCGCGGACACCUGCGCAACGCCCUCGCCCGCCAGAAGACGACGAUCGGGUUCAACCUGGCGGCGCUCAAGUACGUCCGGGCGCAGCACAUUGCCGCCAAGACGACGGAGAUGUACGAAAAGUCGGGUCUGGACAUGGACGAGGAUGCGGUGCGGGCGCGCAUCGAGGCCAUGUCCAAGGGCAGGGGCAAGAGGAAGCUCCAGGUCGGCUGA